GUGUGCCGCCCUCUCGACCCCGUUCCCCACAUUACACGCCGCCGUCGCCGUCGACAUCAUGUCGACAUGGGGUAUUGGUGAUAACCACGACUCCGACGAAGUACAAAUCCUCAAGGAACAACUCCGCAAUAAAGAUGCACAAUAUACUACGCUCCACAGCCAGCUGCUCAAGAGAGAAGACGAUUUGAAAGAUAUACAGGCCUCUUUUGAUGACGUAGUCACAAAGCUUCGACGAGAGGCCGACCGCGCCAUCAAAUUGGAAGCUACCAUAAACCAGCGUAAUCAAGAACUACAGAACGAACGCACUACGCGCCAGAAUGUUGAAGCUGCUCUGGUCGCUACGCAGCAGAAGCUGAAGACCGCUGAACAAGCGUCGCUCGAACUACACGGAACACUUGAUUCGCUAAGCAGGGGCAUGCAGUCGACCACAUCGCAGAAAGGAGCGCUGGAGACGGAGAACGCUUCACUAAAGGCGAAGGUGCGAUCUUUGCAGACAGAGCUGGCAGUCAAGGAACAUGCGGCCGAAUCGACUUUGCGGCAAAGUCGGAAUGCGGCCCCGGGCGUGCGCGGUCGCCCUAGGUCCUCGUCUGUGAACAACUUCCGGGUCACUGCGCUUGAGCGCGAGUCCGCUGAUUUGAACAGCCGUCUGGCCCAGCAGACGAAGGAGCUACACGAAGCCAAAGCCCAGGCAACACGUCUACAGGAGUCCCUCGUGCGACGGGAGAACGAGAAGAUUGCCAUGGAGAAGCAACUCCGCAGGGAACUUGAACAAGCACGAUCCGAGCUUGAGGACAGCCAGGAGGAGUUGCGCACGUUGCAGGGUAGCGGCGGCGCCGACGCGGCUGCUAGAGAAAUGGGUCUCUUGGAGCGUUUAGAGGAUGAAGAACGAAAGGUCGCAAUGCUCGAGGCAGAGCUGAAGCGUUCUGGUGGUACGCAGACCAAGAGAGAGCUUGCGAUGCUGCGAGACGAAGUCCAGAGGACUUUGGGCUUACUGCAGGCCGAGAAGACAAAGGUUGCGGAGGCGGAGACAAGAUUAGUCGAGCUGAUAGCUGAUAAGGAAGCUGCGUUGGACGAGCGGGACCGGGCUUCUGAGCAAGCACAACGAAUGCAGGAACAUGUCCGUGGCGUGAGCAGCAGAAUACAGGAUCUCGAGGCCCGACUCGCGACCUCCGCUCAGGGCACUCUGGUCCCACUUUCUCCGGGCAAAGAUGCCGAGACUGCGGCAACGAUCGAACGGCUGCUCAACAAGAUCGAGAGUCUACGCAGCGAACGUGAUGGCCUCCGCUACGAGCGUGAUGACCUACAAAGAGACUUCGACUUCUUGAAUGACGAGAGCAGGUUUACUAUCGAGGACCUCCGAGCGAAGCUCGCUGCCGCUCCGGUAGCUUAUUCAGCCGGUUCUUUCCCUGCGCAAAAGCCUGUCGCACAACUCGGACUUCCUGGCAGACAGGGCAUACGGCUCCAGCGACAUGCACUCGUCUUUGCACUCGUGGCUCAGCAUGCAGCCGAUCAUGACGCACACAAUCUCUCGCGGAUCGAGCACCUUUCGCAGGCCUUGGCCGCUGCUCACGAUGAGUACGCGCAGACUCAGCUAUAUUUAGCCGAAAAAGAGGCAAACGUGUGCAGCUUCGAUGCUGUCCUCGCGGAGAAAGAUGCUCGGCUGCACCAAAUCGAAGCAGCGCUCGCGGAGACUACCCAGAACUUGCACUUGGCCGAGUCUACUAUAGCGGCCUGCAAAGACAUCAUCGCUCGUCUGGAGGGGGAGCGUUCUCUUGAGCGGGACCAACAAGAUGACGCAGCCGCCACUCUCACACAGGCUGAAGCCCGCUUCGAGGAGCUUUCGCAGGCCUUGCUCGAAGCCGAGACGCAGCGCGAUGCACUCGCGCUGCAACUGCAGCACACGCAGCAAGAUCUCGAGACCGCCCGCCAGGAGCUUACGGAGGCGGACGAGCGGUCGGCGCAGCAGCUACGCUCUCUGUCUUCAGGAGAGUCUGACAAAGCACUGCACAACCAGAUCAAGGCACUCGAGGAGCGCGUACUCCGACGCACCGAGCAGAUCGGCAUGCACCAACACGAUAUCAAGCGGCUGGAGGCGAACUUGAGAUUGCAGGAGGAGCGCGUUGCAGAGAUGACAGGCGAGCUGGAGGUUAUGACAGGCGAGAAGGAGGCGAUGGUGGAGGACUGCAGGGCCAGCAGGGAAGAGAGGGACGAAGCACGCGGCAAGUCCGAGGUGCUCGAAGAGAAGGCGGAGCAGCUCGAGGACGAGAGGGACGAGAUCCAGGCCGCGGUGGAAAGCGUGAAGGCAGAAGCGAGACGUCUUGCCGAAGAAGUCCAACAACUCAGGCAACAUCGGACUGAGUCGGAGACCUUGCACGCCGAGCUGCGAUCCUUGAACGAGGAGCGCAUCUGCCUAUCGCAGGCUCUGGAGGAGAAGACACGUCUCGCCGAAGGUCUUGGUCACGAAGCGUCACGUCUGGAGAACGAGACCAUCCAGGCCACUCUUGCGCUCGCCACACUGCACACCGCACUUCGUGCUACCGAUCUGUCUGGCCGCUAUGCACAGGAUGCUAAAGUCAUGGCGCAGCGAGAGUCCGCCCUUCUGCGACAAGACGUAGAGGAGAGGGUAGCCCAGAUCACGUCAUUGCAGCAGCAGCUAGACGCGUUGCGUGAGUUGCAGGCAGCCGCCGAAGGCGAGAAGGAGACGCAACUCCUCGCGGAACAGACAAGACUUCAGGAAGAGCUCCAGUCCCUCCGAUCCACCCAUUCCGAGUUACGCUCAACUCUCGAACGAGACAGCCAGCAGUUCGCCCAGUGCAGCGAGGAAUUCCAGCAGAAACUUGCGGAGAGCGCGAGAACCCAGUCACAAUUGCGAGAGCAGCUGGUUGCGGCACAAGCAGAGAGGGCCGAGGCAGUCCAGGCUCUGCAAGGCCAACUCGACAACGUUGCGGCCGAACUUGAGGCGCUUCAAGCAUCUCAUGAGCAGUUGAAGCAGUCUCAUCAAGAAGCCGAGGCAGCCCUAAAUACCUCCAAGCACGAUCUCGAACGUCAACUCGAAGAUGCUUUGGAACGACUCCAGGAGACGGAUCGCGUCGGUGAUGAACUCUCAGUCAUUCGUGCGGAACAACAGAAGGAGCUGGAGGACUUGCACAAGGACUUCGAGCGCACGAAGGCCGACUUGACCGAGGUCAACUUCGCGCGCAAAGAGGCUGACGCACAGUGCGAAGGUCUGCUCGAGGAAGUCGAGUCUCUCAAAACUCAGCUUUCGGAGAAGACAGAGGCCUAUGAGGCCGCUGAGGCUGAAUUUGAGCGGCUGCGGGACUGCGAGCUCAAGGAGAUGCACGAAAGACUCGACGGCGCCGCUCGGGAAGCGGAGCAGGUUCAGAGCGCUCUCGCUGAAGUGGAAGACCGAUAUCAGCAACUCUUCGAGGACUCGUCCACGGCGAAGGACGACUUGCAGAACCAGCUCACGUCUGCGCAGGACGAGGUCGACUACUUGAAGGCAACCCUCCGGGGCGAGAUGGAUUUGCACGCGCGGACGCAGAAGGAGCAUGAAGAGGAAGUGCGACUCGCUAAGGACAAGACAGCUGAGGCAGAGCGGGAGAACGACCAGCUCCGUCAAGAAAUAACUGCUCUCCGUGCGCAACUCGAGGAAGCAGACUCUUCGCUACAGACGCUCGAGAACGAGCGGACAGCUUUGCAGUUCGAGGCAACGAGCAUGGGUGCGGAGGUGCAGCGGCUUAAGUCCCUUCAACGCUAUCUGGAAAGCCAGGUCAAGGAGAGCGAAACCCGUAUCCAGUCUUCGUCGGACGACCUUGACGAGGUAGGCUCCAAACUUGUGCAAUCCGAGAAGGCAUUCCAAGGCCUGGAGGCGACCUCCUCAAUGCGGGAGAUUCAACAAGAGCAGACCAUCCAUGCGCUCAAGCGUGAUCUACAGGCUCUUCGAUCGAACCCUUCGUUGGAAGAGAAGAUCGCCGACCUCGAGGAGCGAAACAUGGAGAUGGAAGAGCACCUGCGUAACAAGUGCGCAGAGAUUGAGGAGAAUGACGAUCGCUUCAUUGAGAUGCUCAAAGAGAAGAAGAAGCUCACGAGCAGGAUCGAGACGCUCACGAGAAAGCUUCAUGCACUCCAGAGUAAAAUUGCGGCCGGAGAAGCUGACGCGUCCACGCCCAAGGCUGAGGCAGGGCCUUCUUCCGCUCCUGCGCUACGUGCAGCAAGGUCCUCGUCAUCCAUGGCUCCUCAGCCUGUCGUCCCCAGGCUGGAGCGCGUACCACACUCACAGCCUCCAUUGCCAACUCCUACAUACACGCCAACGACCCCCAACUCUCGCUCACGUAUCGCCUCGGGGCCAUCGGCGUUGCCGAGGCCCAAGACACCAGAGGUCCGGACGUCACAGCCUACCGUCUUCAGAGCUCGCACGCCAGAAGCACGGCGGACGCCGUCCCAGGCGCCUUCCCUCCCUCCCAUCCCCGCCAUGCCCAUCGCGUUCUCAUCCUCGUCCAUGGUAACGACGAGCACGGCGGGCAAGAAGCGCAGGGCGCCGGACGACUUCGACGACUGCGAGAGCCUGCCUCCGCAGGGCUUCACCGCCGACUGCCUGCCCGUCAACCAGCCCGCGACGCCCCGCGCCCGCAGAGCGCUGCAGGCGGUGCGGACGGGGUUCACGCCCGUGCGGAGCCACGUCCUGCAGCUGUCCCCUCGGCGAGCGACCACAGCCUCGGUCCCUCCCGCGAUCGCGGACGUGACGAACAGCCCGCGCGGGAAGGCGGCCGCGCAGGAGGCGACGGCUGCGAAGCGGGGGUGGCUGGGCAAGAUCAGGAAUGGGUCGGGGCAGGCGAGGGCGGUGUCGUCCCGGCCUGCGUAUGACCGCAGGUGACGACUUGCCAUUGCCAGUGGGAUCAUGACUCUGAGGUUACGAGGUUCGCCAGUUAUGACACACACUGUAUAAUGUUCCUGGUCCUAUGAGCUCUCUACGUCUAUCUUUAUGUGUUGUGCAUGCACCGUACAGGUCCUGUAUCCUUAGCACGCAUGGACUCUCUCUCGAAUACAUUCUAUUGAUCA